UGGUCCGGCUCUCCGAGCGAGCAGCGGAGGCAGACAUGAGGCGGUGGUGAGAGCGCGGCGGCGGAGACUUUCUGCGGAGCUGAAAUGAGGCGCACACACGGGCGGAGGGCUCACACCGCGCAGUGCCGUGCGGCUCAGGAAGAGGCUCCGCGCCGCUAAAGCUGAAGGCUGCUCCAGGCUGAAUGAAGGGCUCCGUCCAUGCGGAGGCUAGCGCUCAUUCUGCUCCCAUGUGCCGUCGCCGUCCUGGUGCACUUGUGGUUGGCCCGUCGACCCUCCACCAACACCCCGCUGGACAACAACACACACUCCGAUGACCCGUUGCCUUUCUAUGAAGUUUUGGUGGGAGUGCUUUCAGCCAGACACCAUCAUGAGCUGCGACAAGCGAUAAGAGAGACCUGGCUGGGCUACCUCAGAGAUCACCCCCUCUUCCGGCACAGAGUGGGGGUGAAGUUUAUCGUGGGCCAACAUGGGUGUCCCAUUCCCGAAGAGGACAGAGAGGAUCCUUACUCCUGCUCCCUCCUCAACUUCAGCGAACCAGUGACGGGGCCGGAUGCCGAGAUAGAGAUUGUGACAGUUUCUGAUCCCUCAGUGCUCGCCCCCUCCGACGUGUCCGCCAUCGCCCUGGAUUUCAAGGUCCUCCACCCGGUGGUGAUAACCAGGCUCGGGGUGUUUCCCAGCGGGAGCCGGCCCGAACUUCAGAGCAACGUGACGGUGAAGCUGCUGCAGCUGGACCAGGAGGAGGCUGUGGUUACUGCUCGCUUCAGCUCCAUCAGCACGGGGACCAUGGUGAACUGGGUGUGGUACAAACCAGUGGAGCAGUUCAUCUUGCCCAAGGGUUUUGAAGGGACGCUGGUUUGGGAGAGCCUGGACUCGGCUGCUCUGACCACAGUCAAUUCCUCCUCCGUGGAGCUCAACGAUGGGGGAGGCGUCCUCAAGAUCUCCUCCAUCGCAGAGGGCAUAUUGCCUCAUAGAAGUGCUCUUGGAUUUCCCGGUCUGGCUGGAGGCUUCACAUUUACUAUCUAUGAUGGAGAUGGACUGUCGGCUCUCCUGCGGGGUCGCCCAGCCAGGAUGGAGCUCCAUGCCUCCAGGCUGAGGCAGGAGGACGCCUCCUUGCGAGAGGAGAGCCUCAGGCAUGGCGACAUGGUGUUCGUAGAUGUGGUGGACACCUACAGGAACGUGCCUUCCAAAUUGCUUCAGUUCUAUAAAUGGUCUGUUGGAAACGCUGACUUUAAUCUACUGCUGAAGACAGACGAUGAUUGUUACAUCGAUGUGGACUCGGUAUUAAUGAAGAUUGACCACAAGGGUCUCAAGCGCCGCAAUUUCUGGUGGGGGAAUUUCAGGCAGAGCUGGGCAGUGGAUCGCAUCGGAAAGUGGCAGGAGCUGGAGUACGCCAGCCCGGCCUACCCGGCGUUUGCCUGCGGCUCAGGCUACGUGGUGUCUCGUGACCUGGUCCAGUGGCUUGCCAGUAAUGCAGAGAAACUCAAGGCCUACCAGGGAGAAGACGUGAGCAUGGGGAUAUGGAUGGCAGCUGUUGGACCACAGAAAUAUCAGGACCCCGGCUGGCUGUGCGAGAAGGAGUGCUACCUGGACAUGCUGUCGUCCCCUCAGCACACGGCCAAGGAGCUCCACGUCCUCUGGGACAGAAAGAGGGUCUGCGGAGACCCCUGCGGUUGUCCCUGGGACCACUGAAUGUGGUUCACAGCACACUCACCAUGUGGCACUGUGGGUAAAAUGCACUCGAGCACUGAGAGUCAGUUCAGUUUCUGCGAUUUUUCCUCUAAAACACCAAACUGAGCCAUUAUAAGUGAUGAUUAUUAUUAUUAUAUAACAAAAAAAAAACACUUGAAACUUAAACAAUGGGAAAAUAAGAUUUGCAGGUUCUUAACAUUAAAAAGAAAAACUAAACACUGCACCGACAUCUUGAACCAUUUGCAGCUUCACAACAUGUUUAAAAAGUAUCAUGAAAUCUAUUGUUAAAUUCAAUGAAAAUGUCUUCAUUUGGAAAAAGACUGAAUUUAAAAUGCUUUAUUAUCGUAAGUGUCAGGAGAAGAAACCAUGUGCAAUAUCAGCACCGUGUACAGGAUCACAGCUGGAAGUACCACAGAUUUAAAGACGAUUACUCUGCAUUGCUAUAUUUUGUAAAUUAUUGUCCUGAGCUUUUCAUCCUCUUCACUGUUUGUAGAUUUCUGACGAGCUUUCUCUCACAUACACACAGUUUGUACUGUAACUGUUGUUGUGCAAAUAGUGAUGUGGCCUUACUGUAUUCGUUAGGCGUCAUGCUGUAUGUAACGUUAACACUUGUGAUAUCAGCGCAGAUUUUUGACGACGCAGUCCAAGCGGCUGCGAAAGAGACUCAUUUAACACUGGUUUUAUGAAGCCCUCCUCCUCCGAGGUAAUAAAGAACACUUGAGAGGGA